GUGUAUGUGUUCGCAGGCGCAGAGUUCUGGCAGUACGAUCGCAGCCGAAACUCUUACACUCCGCGGGCGCUGGCCCAGUGGAAGGGCGUGCCCGCAGGGCUGGACGCCGCUUUCUUCCACGGAGGCUACACCUACUUCUUCAAGGCCGGACUCUACUACCGCUUCGAUGACGUCGCCUUCAAGGUGGACGAUGGCAGCCCGCCUUUCCCGCGCAGCAGCGCAGCCUGGUGGUUCGGCUGCAAACACACGGCGCGGGCGCACGAGCUCACAGCGGCGUGUAAAUCUGCGCUGAAGAGCCGCAGACAUGAGGAAAAGACGCAGAGGUCACCAUCGUGUCAGGCGACGUCACUCUGUGCAGAAUUCACGCAGAAGGCGCAUAAAGAGGGCGCCGCGACGCCGUCCAGCCCCAGUGGACGCCGCGACGCCUCCGACGCCCCUCGACGCCAGGACGACUGGCUCUGGUCCUUUGGCGCUCAACUCCGC